UUUUUUUUAUUACGUGAGUUGACGUAGAUAACAGUGAGGACAGCAGAGAGUGAAAAAGAGAGAAAGAGAGGGGAUGCUGAGUGGGCAGGAUAACAGACGGCGAGCAUCCAAUCAGCUGCAGCAAAGUCAGCGUCCUUUUGUCCAAUAGAGUAUGACGAGUCUGCUCCAGUGUGAGCUAACAGUGCUGCUGCUGUCUUAUUAAUGAAUGGAGCAUCUCACAGGCAGCGAAACGGUUCUUGAGCUCUCUCUCCCUCAACGGAAAAGGCAGCACAAACAGAAUAGCACUAGUGCUUCGCACCUCGACAGAAAACAAAUGCAGCAGCCGUGCGCAAACAUGAAGAAGCACCAACACGAGGAUGAAAACUCUGACAGUGAUGCAGAGCAGGAAUCUUCUGUUCCUUUUACGGCGAAUGUCCGUCCUUCUGCUUCCUCUUCCAACGUCCUCCUUCCCUCCUCUUCUCAGCGGAGAUCCAUCUCCAUGGGAGACUUUCGUAGAGUCCCUGCUGGAAAGGUGGGCUCCGAGCCACCCUCUGCAUCCGCCACAGCACCCUCAUCCAAGCUGGUCACCCCCAGCUCAAGUAUGGAGUUUGAAGCAGCUCGUCGACGCCUCCUGGAGGUGGAAGAGCGCCAGCGUGUCAUCAGGGAGAUGGAGAGACGACUGGAGGAGCUAAGGGAGGUGUUUGUGCGCUCCGAACAGGAGGUGGUGGAACAUGGGGAGCUGGUGGGCCGCAUCACCUCUGCCGCCCAGCAGGGUGAACUAUAUGUGGCAGAAAACGGACAGCGGCUGAAAAAGGGAUUGCGGUUCAAACGGCACAGGCCCACCAUUGUCUUCUCCUCCAUGCUGGGGCUGAGAACGUGCCUCCCUUGGCCUGUUAAACUCAAAUAGCCAAACAUCCACUGCAAGACGGUCUUUCACCGCUGUCACACGUCACAGCAUCAUCCAAGAUUGUCCGAGGCUCAUUGUUCUACUCGCUUUUAGUCAGGAAAUGCUGAAACCUUUGCUUUGAUUGUAUAUAUUGUUACCUGAGAUCUUAGACGGUGCUUCAUUUGAGCCCAUUGAAAUGGCGCAGGCCUCAUAUUUGCUGCUUGAACACAAGACACUGGGCAUUUUCUGUAAUGCGUGUAAACUUUGCUGAUGUUUAGAGCUCUGUGCAUGUGUUACACUUCAUGUACCUGGGGUUGCUUUGUGUGUGUGAAAGGUGUGAAUGUCAGGAGCUAAUCUUCCAGAAGUAGUCACUCAGGUUUCCUGUGAUCGGUCCAAAACAAAAGGCUUUCUUCUGCAGAAACAGAUUUAGGCCUUUCACACCAAGAACAUUGACUAUAACAAUAACUAUACAACAGCCUCGCCAUCAAUAGAGGAUUCUGGUUGUUAGAAGCAUGCGAUGCAGUUAUGUAGUCUGCCACUCUGAAUGCUCAACUCUUUAAUGUCAGGUGGAUUCUUAUUGAGAUUUUAUCAUCCAUCAGCUGGGAAAAUUGGUUCUGAAAGUGAUUCCAACAAUUCUCGAGUUGUUGUGUGGACUAUAGUUAUAGUUCUCACUACAGUUAACAUCUAUGGUGUGAACGGCAGAUGAAUGGUCACGACUGUGACUGUAUGAUUUGCAUACAUAUACUGGGGGCUUGCGAGGAGGUGCGCACAUGCGCUUUGGUCCUCUUGAGUACAUCUAGGGCACCCACUGAGCAUGUGUGGACGGAGAAGAAAAGUGGUGAUUUAUCUCUCUCCAUCAACGUUCCAUCUGGGGCCUCUCUCAUCCCCCAGUCGCUUAGCAACCUGGACCUGACUUUCAUUUCCUUCAGAAUGUAUUUAACAGAUCAAAAACUACAGCCCAUGAAUGACCGGCAGAGGACGUUUUGAGGUUCUUCCUGUGUGAAAUCAUUCACUGCAGACUGCUGGUUAGUUUGGAGUGUACACGACUGAAAUUGCCUCAAAAAAUGUGGUUGAAAUACAACAAGAUUCAACCUUCAAAAACCUUUGUCUCCUGUCUAACACUGAAAUUAUGUAUUUUUAUUUCCUCUUUAUGCUGAAAUAAUCACUGAAUUUUUACUACAUUAUUUGUGUGGUUUGCUGAACAAAAAAUACAGUGGGAAAUAAAUCAAUUUCACAUG